GCCACUCUAUUUCUCAGUUCUCAAAAACAGGAGGAGGAGAGAGGAAACAGGGAAGCCAGAAGAAAUCCCAGAACAGAGGCGAGGCUGUGAGUUCCUUCCCUCUUUCGUCCACAUUUCUAUCUAAAAAUCUGUCAUUUUUUACUCAAAAACCAUCAAAUAUGACGGCUGAGGUUAAGACCGACGAGACCCAAGUGGAAGAAAUUCCUGUUUCUCAACCAGCACAGACCAUCAAGUUUGUGGAGGAGACAUCCUCCGCCCACGUAGCGGUCGAGACAGCUAAAGCUGCAGAGGGUGAUGCUGCUGAUGAACCCAAAACAGUAGAGGUGGAGGAGAAGAAUACCGAAGCAGAGGCCAAAGCCAGAGAUGGAAAUGCUGUUGCUGCUGUUUCAAAGAGCUCCUCCUUCAAGGAGGAGAGCAAUUUCCUCUCAGAUCUUAAGGACUAUGAGAAGAAGGCCUUGAUCGAGUUGAGAUCAAAGCUUGAAGAAGCAAUCCUCGAAAACAAGCUCUUUAAGAAGGAGGAGGCUAAAAAGGAAGAGAAGAAAGAGGAGGAGAAACCCGUAGAGAAGAGCAAAGAGGAGAAACCUGCAGAAGAAGAGGCAAAAAAGGAGGAGAAACCCGUAGAAGAGAAGAAAGAGGAGAAACCUGUGGAGAAAGCGGAGGAGGAUGUUAAGAAGGAAGAGACGAAAGAGGAGGACAAAUCUGUAGAAGAAAGCCAAUCGAAGGAGACAGCAGUGCAAGCAGAAGAGAAACCUGCACAAGAAGAAGCUGAAAAGGAUAAAUCUGCUACAGAAGGAGAGGUUGACAAUGAGAAACCACUCCAAAAAGCUGUGGAAGAGAAGAAACCUGAUGUGGGUACCGAAGAAACAGCCCUAGAAGUUGAUAGGGACAUCUCCCUUUGGGGAGUCCCUCUCUUAUCCAGCAAAGGCGCAGAAGGCACCGAUGUCAUCCUCUUGAAGUUCUUGAGGGCUCGGGAUUUCAAGGUCAAUGACGCCUUCGAGAUGUUGAAGAACACCCUUCAAUGGAGGAAGGAUCUCAAUAUCGAUUUGAUAUUGAAUGAGGAUUUCGGUUCGGAUCUUAACUCGGUGGCUUACAUGAAUGGCAUUGAUCGUGAAGGACACCCUGUUUGUUACAACAUUUAUGGUGUCUUUCAGAAUGAGGAGAUUUACCGGACGACAUUUGGUACUGAGGAGAAAAGGAAUCAGUUCCUGAGGUGGAGGUUCCAGCUGAUGGAGAAGGGCAUCCAGAAGCUUGAUUUCAAGCCAGAUGGUGUCUCUUCCUUGCUUCAAAUCACCGAUCUCAAGAACACCCCCGGACCCUCAAAGAAGGAACUUCGGAUUGCCACCAAGCAAGCUGUUGGGCUCCUCCAAGAUAACUACCCCGAGUUCGUCGCAAGAAAUAUCUUCAUCAAUGUGCCUUUCUGGUACUAUGCUUUCAAUGCUGUGUUAUCUCCUUUCUUAACCCAAAGAACCAAGAGCAAGUUUGUCUUUGCUCGCCCAUCCAUGGUUUCUGAAACCCUUCUCAAGUACAUAUCUGCUGAGAAUAUCCCCAUCCAGUAUGGUGGUCUGAAAAGGGAAAACGAUUCUGAGUUCUCCAUUGAAGAUGGAAGUGUCUCUGAACUCACUGUCAAGAGUGGAGGAACAGAAACUGUUGAAAUCCCUGUACCAGAGGUUGGUACCACUGCUCUCUGGGACGUGACUGUGUUGGGUUGGGAGGUGACUUACAAGGAGGAAUUUGUCCCAGACGACGAGGGUUCUUACACUGUCAUUGUUCAGAAACCAAAGAAGAUCUCUGCAAAUGAAGAGCCACUCCGCAACUCCUUCCGCAAUAAUGAACCUGGGAAAAUUGUUCUCACCAUUGAGAAUGGAUCUUACAGGAAGAAGCGAGUACUGUUCCGAUUCAAGACCAAGUAGAGAUGCUAAAAGAAGACAUAGUUAUGUAUCUAAUUUAGAUUUUUUUCUUUACAUUCUUUAAAGGUCAGGUUGGGUGUCAUUCUUUUAGCAGGAUUAGUGUAUCCUGUUAUUUUAUUUCUUUGGCUUGAAGCUUUUUUUGAUAUCUGUUUUACUUUUUAUUAGAGAGUUCAAGUUGAGAAAGAUGAGAGUUAUUUGUGUAACAUUUUUAUUAAUAUUAAUUCAUUUAUGGGUCCUUGAUUUA